UUUUGAAACUCAGAUCUGCGCCGGACACUCCCACGCUACACGCUCCUAUCGUUACCUCCAUUCACGCGCUCUUUCAUUUCGUCUUCGUCACAGAAGCAAAGAGACAUAAAGAGUAUAGAGAGAAGAAAAAGUAACAUUUCCCAAACCAAACUAGGGUUAGGGUUAUCCCUAAUCCGCAUAAAGUUUUUUUUACACGCUCUAUUCUUGCUACUUAAUUAUCAAAUAUGGGCGCACCAACAGACUCAGCCCUCGAUCUCGAUGAACAGAUCUCGCAGCUCAUGCAAUGUAAGCCACUUUCGGAGCAGCAGGUCAGAGCAUUAUGCGACAAGGCAAAGGAAAUAUUAAUGGAAGAAAGCAAUGUCCAGCCUGUAAAAGCCCCUGUUACAAUUUGUGGUGAUAUUCAUGGGCAGUUUCAUGAUCUUCAAGAACUUUUUCGAAUUGGGGGGAAGUGUCCGGAUACAAACUACUUGUUUAUGGGAGAUUAUGUGGACCGUGGGUACUAUUCUGUUGAAACUGUUACGCUGUUGGUGGCUUUAAAAGUCCGUUACCCCCAGCGGAUUACCAUUCUCAGGGGAAAUCAUGAAAGUCGCCAGAUCACUCAAGUUUACGGGUUUUAUGACGAAUGUCUGAGAAAGUAUGGUAGUGCUAAUGUUUGGAAGAUCUUUACAGACCUUUUUGACUAUUUUCCAUUAACUGCUUUGGUGGAGUCAGAAAUAUUUUGUCUGCAUGGUGGGUUGUCCCCAUCAAUUGAAACCUUGGAUAAUGUAAGAAACUUUGAUCGUGUACAAGAGGUUCCUCAUGAAGGGCCCAUGUGUGAUUUAUUGUGGUCUGAUCCAGAUGAUCGAUGCGGUUGGGGUAUCUCGCCACGUGGCGCUGGAUAUACUUUUGGUCAGGAUAUAUCUGAACAGUUCAACCAUACAAACAGCUUAAAAUUGAUUGCUAGAGCUCAUCAACUGGUUAUGGAUGGAUUUAACUGGGCGCAUGAACAAAAGGUAGUUACUAUAUUUAGCGCCCCAAAUUAUUGUUAUCGCUGUGGGAACAUGGCAUCAAUCUUGGAAGUUGAUGAUUGCAAGAAUCAGUCAUUCAUCCAGUUUGAGCCAGCUCCAAGGAGAGGAGAACCUGAUGUUACCCGUAGAACGCCUGAUUACUUCCUCUGAAGCUGCUACAUUCCAUAACUGAUUCAAGAUACUCCGCUUUUCGGCCUCUCCUCUCCCCCUUUACAUUGUCAGGUAGUUGCCGAUCCUUUACAGAAAUCUUUUGCAUCUACUGUUCUUUUGGUGAUUUGGGGGGUACCAAAAGCAUACAUGGGAAUGGGUUGGGUUAUGAACUUAUGAUCUAUAAAUCCUAUCAUCGAGUUGAUCAAUUUAUCUUACACUUGGAUAUUCUGUUGAAGAGAUUGUCAUAGCUGGUGAAACUCUGACACUAUCAGAAUGUAAAUUUUUGUGUUUGUUUUUGAUUACCUGUUCUCUUUUUCUUUGGCUUUAA